UCGCUCCAACUGGAUCUCGCCCACUGGCUAAAAAUUAAAAAAUGCAGAUUGCAAAAUUCUUCUGCCUCCUGGCUCUCCUCGGUUUGAUCUCAGCAGCACCAGCACCCAAUCCAGGUUCAGUAACCUUUCCCGGGGCAUCAACAGACGACUUUAACGAGGACGAGGCGUCAUCUCGGCACUUGUUUGGUUGGAGAAAGAAGAAGAGGCGACAUUAUCCUGUCGGCUUGGGAGGUCAUGGCUGUCGGGGUCACGGCUGCGGUGGAGGACCUGGGUGGUGGCCGCCAGGGUACGGGGGUUAUUACCCGCAAAAUCACCCUGCCAGCAAUUCCUUUGCCACAGCAUCCACAGGAUCAUUUGCUAAUCAUGGAGUUCCAGCUCAAGCCAACGCUCACAGUGCAAGUUUCAACAUUGGCCCUUAUUCCGCAACUUUUAGCAUCGCCCAGGCAUUUUCUGGUGGUUAUAGACAUCCAGGAUUCAAUUAGAAUUUUAAAAUAAUGUAAUUAGAAUUUAAUUGGCAGACAUUUUUAAUUUAUCCAUAUCCAAAAAUUCAGAUCCAAUGGUCAAAGAUGAAGAGUUGAUUUGGGAUAAAAUUCCCAGGAAGACACAGAUGGUCUCGAUGACAAAUGGAUUCGUCUGAUGCCAUAAUUCAUGUUCAAAUGAUGACAUAAAAAAGGACAUGCUCGUCACACCUGAACCCUCGACAACGUAAACUCGAUGAAUUUCAUCUCUGCCUUAUGUAAAUAUAAAACGGGCGUGUUUAUUUAUGUGCGGUACUCCUCGGGGGGAUAUUUCUUCAAGAGAAUACACACAGAGAAGCCGACGAAAUAUUUGAUGGUGGUGUCCUCGUAGUUUUGCCAUUGUGUCUCGUACAUUGCAUCCAGAGGAUUUUUUUUAUUUUCGACUUCAGUCACUUUAUAUCGCAUAUGUAUGCAUAUUUUGGGGGCUUUCGUUUGAACGUGUGAAAAAGGGAAGGGACAAAGAGAAAAUGAAUCUUCUUGGGGUUCUCAGGCAAGAUUUCUCUCGUGUUUUUAACCCCAGGUUCGAUCCAGACGUUCAGAGACUCCAACUCGUUUUAAAGGGAAUAUAUGUUCAGUCAUGCUGGCUGGAUGUUGGAGGGAGAUGGAAGUUUUUGGUGGAAUUAUUAUCGGGCUGUGGCGACGAUGUGGGGCUGGGGCUGUGGUGCAUUGCCAAAGGGCCCUUUUGCCCAGCUUUUUUUUUCCAGCACUUUUGCUGGUCAGAAGAUUUAAAAGAAACUCGUUCCCUUCGCUCCCACCAGCGACCGGUGCUAUUGUUCCUGCUUUACUGUGUUUUCAUUUUUUUUUUACAACUUCCACCGGAAGACUAUCGUCACAGCCUUAUUAACCAUCUUCGACAACAUUUCAGGCAAAUCCACGUUUUUUCAAUCAGUUUUUUAAACAAUUUAUGCAGGCGAUUGCGAGAUUUUUUUUUGCAGGAUUUUGCCCAGCGGAUUUUUCCUCGGGUCAAUAACUCAUUUUUUAAAUAAAUUUCUGGGGAACGGCUGGUAAAAUUGAUUUGAAAAAAUAUUAAGUUUCAACAUCGUGGAAGAAUUUUUCUGCGUUCUCAGUAAACUUCAGCCAAAAUUCCCAGAAUUUCACCAAAAAUUUAGAAAGAGCGGAUUGAAGAAGAUGGAGAUGAGAAGAUAACGACAACUCCUUAACAGAUCUAAUUGGACCGAAUUAAUUAUCGAAUAUUUCCAGCUGAAGUGUGGAUUUUAUCAACCCCCUAUUGGGGUUUAUAAAAAUUCAUUUGAGAAAAGUAAUUGAUUCGUCUUGGAACUCGGAAAUUGGAAUUUUUAGUAAACCGUCACCAGAAAAUGAUUUACACCCCCGAAAAAGUUGUAGCCUUGUUAAAAGAGGACAUAAAUUUUUAUACUCAUGUCCUUUUUUUAAUACAUCCCUCCCACUCGUGUCCUCAAUCUCCAUGGAGAAUAUAUACGAUCCUCCGGUGAUUUCUUUUUCGUAUGUGCACCGGCCCUUUGUCUGCUCCAGCCACCAGAUGUUCUUGGAAAUAAAAAAUGCAAAAAUUCAACGAGACGGAGGCAUCGUGGUUUUCGGUGAGGACGCAUGAGAAAAAAAAUGCCAUUUUUUAAAUAAGAAAUAAAUUUGAAAAAAGAAUGGGUGAAGAGGGUUUCGGGGCAAAGGAUUAACUCGG